UUGGGGGACAAAACUGACAGCAGAUAAAAUAGAGAGCAGUAAAAUGCUGAAGAGAGAGCAAGGCAAGCAAAGCGGAGGCCCCGGUGGCUCCGCCCCUCCGCCGGCGAAGAGAGGCCGCCCAGUCGGCAGUGGAAGCAACCAAGCCGCUGCAGCCGCCGCAGCCGCCGCGGCCGCUGCCAUAGCAGCUGCUGCUGGAGCUACUGAUCCGGCUGCUCCCCCAACGCUCGCCGGUCCUUCUCUCCAAGUUCAUCCCGCCUUCGCUGAGCUGAACUAUAAAAGGAUUGUUCUGGCUCUUCAAAGUGGAUUAAAGAGUGAGCUGACAUGGGCAUUCAAUACUCUCACAUUGCUUUCAUUCAAGGAAAAAGAUGAAAUUCGCAGAGAUACAACCCCUCUUGCCAAAAUUCCUGGGUUGCUUGAUGCUUUACUUUACAUUAUAGAUGAGUGGCGUGACAUAGCCUUACCAAGGGUGCUUGUGAAAGCACCUAGGGUGAGACUCUUGGGUGCUAAUUCUUUUGUUACUGGAUUUGGAAAUGAAUACGAGGCCUUGGGGUCAAAGGAUUCUGUUACUCAACCUAGCUCUGGAUCUGGAUCUUCCAACAAAGAGACAUCUGGUCAAAAGACUGCUGCCAAAACCCGUCCUUCUGGUUGGUGGUUUGAAGAAGAUGGCCUAUUUAGCUUGGAUGAGGAAGGACGGGCUGAAAAGCAGCAAUGUGCUGUUGUUGCAUCUAAUAUUAUUCGCAACUUCUCUUUCAUGGCAGAUAAUGAAAUUAUCAUGGCUCAACAUCGACAUUGCAUGGAAACCCUAUUUCAGUGUCUUGAGGAUUAUGUUCUAGAGGAUGAGGAGCUUGUCACAAAUGUCCUUGAGACUAUUGUCAAUGUAGCCCAUUUGCUAGAUCUUCGAAUUUUUAGUUCAUCAAAGCCUUCUGUACUCAACAUGAGGGAGAAACGUGCUGUCCAGGCUAUAAUGGGCAUGCUGGGAUCUGCUGUCAGAGCCUGGCAUUGCGGCGCUGCAGAACUAAUUGGCCGUCUGAUUUUAAAUCCUGAUAAUGAACCAUUCCUUCUUCCGUUUGCUUUACAGAUAUAUAAACGAUUAGUUGAUAUCAUGAGCCUACAAGCAAAUGAUGCUCAGGCUGCUGCUGUGGGUGCAUUGUACAACCUUGUGGAAGUAGAUAUGGACUGCCGACUGAAGCUUGCCAGUGAACGAUGGGCAAUUGAUCGAUUGUUGAAAGUGAUUAAGUUGCCACACCCAAUCUCGGAAGUUUGCAGGAAAGCAGCCUUGAUUUUGGAGUGCCUUGUGGCAGAGCCACAGAACAAACCCCUUCUGCUUAUAUAUGAAACCGCAUUCACUGAGAUGCUUUUUGCUGAUGGAAAGCAUUCCGAUAUAUUUGCUAGGAUAUUGUCUGAACUAACAUCUCGAUCAGGCAAAGCAGCAUUUGCUCGGGGUAUUUGGGGCAUGUAAGUACAUAUAUUAUGCUUUCUGUGCUGACAUUCUGCUUAACUUAGCUAUAUGCAUAGAUCAGGUGGCUCACAUAGUCACAUGGUCGCAUGUUUUCAAGACCCCAUUAUGUUAAAUCUCUAUGCCUUUCCUUAUAGCAGAUUGCAUAAGAUUAAGCUAGUGUAAAUCAUAAGAAGAAAAACCCAGGAUUUGUAUUUGUAUUUUUCGAACAGAAGUCUGUAGCUACAUUAAUUCUUUUCCAUCCUAUUUGUUAACAUAGCUAUUACUAGAAUGU